AUGGAACUACAAGCGAAGAUCUACACCGAGUUCAUGUCAGGACGGCUUCUCCGGGAAAGGUUGAAGAAGUUUGAGCUUGUCAAGAAGAAUAAUAUAUUCGACAUGAAGACGGUUUGCCCUGAUUCGGGUCUCCCUUCGCGAGUCGUAUAUUGGCGUCGUUUGGUGGAUCUCCUUGAUGGGAAUGAUCAUCAAAUCAACCUCCGUCACUGGAGGUUGUGUACCGAAAUACACAAUAAUGUGGGCCCAACUGGGCUCGACAACUUCGUGCGCUUCUUCCCUGGCCACCCCUGA